AUGGAAAAGGUAAUUUCUUUUAUUGGUGACUAUGACAUUGCAGUUCCAGAUAUGGAGGCUAAAUAUGUUGUUCCCGGGAGGAGGUUGUUUAGAGGUAAAUGCCCACAAGUGUCUAGUCUACAUCAUUUUCGAGUUGAAGUUUUUUUUGGUGUCAUUGAUCUUCAAUUGCAAGAGCUUGAAAAUCGAUUUCCCGAAAUAACUAAAGAACUACUUGUGUGUAUGUCUUGUUUGAGUCCUGUGGAUCGUUUUUCUAAGUUUGAUAAGGAAAAAUUGAUUAAGCUUGCAAAAUUCUAUCCUAAUGAAUUUCCAAGUUCAGAAUUGAUAGUCUUUGGUCAUACACUUGAGAGUUACAUUUGUUCUGUUAGAGGAGAUGAAAGGUUUUGGAAUUUGAAGGGUCUUAGUGAUCUUUCAAUCAAAUUGGUUGAAACGGGAUUGUCUGAAACUCAUGAUAGGGUCUAUUUACUUUUGAAGUUGGUGUUGCUUCUUCCUGUCGCAACGGCAAGUGUGGAAAGGGUAUUUUCUGGCAUGAAGCAAGUGAAAGACAAACUACGAAAUAGCAUGGGAGAUCAAAUGUUGAAUGAUUUAUUAUAUGAACAUUUGGUUGUAUUUUGUACUGUUUGA